AACAUCCAGUUCCUGCCCUUCCUCACCACCGACGCCAACAACGUGGGCUGGCUGGGCUAUGGCUGCCUGAAGGGGGACGGGACACUCAUCACCGUCAACGCCAUCGGGGCAGCACUGCAGACCCUCUACAUCCUGGUGUAUCUCUACUACAGCCCUGCCAAGCGCCCCGUGCUGCUGCAGAUCCUGCUGCUCCUGGCCGUGGUGGUCACCGGCUGCGGCUACUUCGCCCUCCUGGUGGACACGGGGACGCGCCUGGGGCGCCUGGGGCUCUUCUGCAGCGUCUUCACCAUCACCAUGUACCUCUCACCACUGGCUGACCUGGCCAAGGUUGUCCGGAGCAAGUCGACGCGGUGCUUGUCCUUCCCCUUGACCGUCACCACCUUCGUGGCCUCCAGCAGCUGGACACUCUAUGGCCUGCAGAUGCAUGACCCCUACAUCACGGUGGGUUGGGGUG